CACAGCUUCUACUGAUGUGUGAGGCUGGGCUCAUGCAGUGUAGGGUGACUGUUCAAUAACUGGUCAAUAACUGGUUAACAGUCGACCAGUGUGAGGCUUGGUGGUGCUUUAUGGUUUAAUGGUGGCGACAAUAGUUUUACAGGGAGUCAUUUAGAGUCGGUCAGCCUGGAUGAACCUGCAGGACUCUGCUGACUUCAUGACGAGGGUGGAGCCGAUGGAUCCGAGGUGCCGCCCCCUCAGAACGUCACCACGAAGACCUUGAACACCAACUACACGCUGAGCUGGGACUGGGCGCCGGGCGCUGCAGGGACCCACGCCGUCACCUUCACCACGCAAUAUAUGCUGAACCACCAGCUGAACAGGGAGCCUCCAAACUGGAUCACAGCGUGCAACCAGACGUCACACCGGUCAUGUGACCUCACACGGUUCAAGCUGUUAUUCUUGGGCGACUUCAUGCUCCGGGUGCGAGCCACCGUGGACGGGCGGCACUCGGAGUGGGCGCAGAAGGAGUUCUGCCCCUAUGAGGAGGCCUUCAUCGGUCCACCUGAUGUGACUCUUCAUGUCACUGGGACAUCUUUGGAAGUCAGCAUUAAAGACCCAUUGUUCAAGUAUUCAGAACUGAGGGAGGUGUACACCGUGGCCACCUAUAACAUCACCUACUGGAAGAGCAGCCCGAAGGAAGAGGUAAAAAAGAUCCUUGAAACGAGGCAGGACCGAGUGGUUCUUAGUAACCUGGACCCGAUGAGUGAGUACUGCGUCCAAGUCCAGAUCAUCUAUGACAUGAACCCCAGACCGGGCGAUUACAGCGACGUCGUCUGUGAGCACACCGGUGACGUGGAUGCAGCUCCGUGGGUGGCGGCCGUGGUGGCGUUUGUGGUCAUGGCCGCGGUGGUGGCUCUGGUGGUGACUCUGGUGGUCUACUGGACACGAAUCUCCAAGUUCCUGUGCCCAGAAGUCGUGCUGCCACCACACUUUAAAGAGUCUCUGCUGCCUGCCAACCCCUCCAUCUACCCGGUCUCGCUGCCCUCUGAACACUGCGACCAGGUCAGCAUCAUAGCAGACCACAGGACUGAGGAGAAGGAGGAGGAAGAGGAAGGAGGGUGCAGCACGCAGCCUGAUACCUCACAGGAUGGGGGAUAGGAGGAGCAGGAGGAGGUGGGAUGCACUUUAAAGACUCUGAAUCGGCCUCUGACUGUGAGGUUUUAGAGCUGUGAACUCUGCAGCAGUGAAGUGAUGAAGACGAGCAAGAACAGGUGAAGCCGGCCCAGGUGAAGCCGUUCCCACUGUCACAGGCUGCUGUUUAUGCUUUAAUAGUUUAUUCAUGUCAAUGUAAAUGUUUUAUUUUCUACUUUUUUAAAAAUGUUUUUACUGUUUUUUUUAAAUACCAUAGCAUAGUUUAUUUAUAUAGCACUUUAAAAACAGAACAUACCUGACCAAAGCGCUGUACAACAGAAAUAAUAAGAGGGACAAUAAGAAUAAUAAAUACAAUAAAUAACAAUAAUAAUACCAAUAAAAUAAUAGUGUCAGUUACCCACUGAGUCAAAGGCCAGCGAAUAAAAAUAGGUUUUUAACCUGGAUUUAAAAACCACCGCUGAUGUAGACGGCCUAAUGUGAAGAGGAAGAUCAUCCAAAGCUUCGGGGCCACAGUAGAGGACGCUCGGUCUCCUCUAAGUUUCAGCCGUGAUUUAGAGACUGAGAGCAACAGCUGACCAGAGUGGACGGGGGCGGGCAUAGCCUGCAGCAGAUCAGACAAAUAUACAGGCAACAGACCAUUUAAGGAUUUAAAUUCCAGUAAAAGGUUUUUAAAAUAGAUCCUAAAUUCAAUUGGAAGCCAGUGUAAGGAGGCCAGAACCGGAGUAAUGUGCUCAAAUUUUCUUUACCAGUUAAAAACCAUGCUGCACCAGUUGCAAGUGUGACACGCCCCACACUUGCAGUAGUCCAA